AUGCACGAGCCCUUUUCGCUCACUUUUCCAGUCAAGCCAGUCACUCCCCCAUGGCCAACUCCUGUUAACCGACUGGUCCCGCACGUUGCGUUUCCCGCCUGGACGAAUGGCUCUCCGAGAACACGACAGGGCACUGGCCGUCCUCAGCCGAAACAUGUAUUGGUAAUGAACCGCGGACCCCAUCGCUCGCCAUUGGGCAGAAUUUUACGAACAAAGGGUGCGGGUGAGAUUGUCGGCCAAACACACAAGGCUUGCAUUUUCAGUCGCCUUCGACUUAUUCGAGCACGGGCGCAUCCUCCAACCCAUCUUUCACUUCUUUGCACGCGCCUUCACUACACCCUCACCCUCACCCUCACCCUCACCCUCACCCUCACCCUCACCCUCACCCUCACCCUCACCCUCACCCUCACCCUCACCCUCGUCCUCGUCCUCGUCCUCGUCCUCGUCUGCCAUCGCCUUGGACGUCGGCCAGGCAUGUCAAACGACGACAUUCUCACCGACGACUACGUCGCCGGUCUGCUCGAGCAAGAAGCCCGCAAUGUCGUGGACGCCGGGUCGUCCGCCUUUCGGGCAGAGAAGAGGCAAGCGCCGGCGAACAUGCCCAGACCCAACACGGAGUUCCUGACGAGACUUCUGGGAGCGAAUGGCUCGAAAUCAUCGGCAACGAGCACGAGAGCACAGGGGACCAGCACGAGACGACCGACGAGGACAAAAACGGAUCUUCGAAAGCGGCAGAUGAGCGACAUACAAGCUAUCCUAGGUGGCACCAAGCGCCGAAAGGACAGAGACGGCGAUGGCGUUCGGCGGACCGGCCGGCCACCCAAGGAUCGAGGGAGCGGCGCUUCACGACGGUACGGCCACCUUGCGGCCGAGCACGACAUCGACUUGAUUUCCAAAGACCUCCGAGACCGCAACCGCCACGGUCGACUGCACGAGGACGACAACAACGACGACGACGGCGACGAGAGAAGGAGACGGCGCAGAGCGACCAGGGACGACUACUCAUCCUCGUCGUCGCCGCCCGAGGAUUCCCAUCGGCACUCCCGAUCACGGCGGGGCAGAUCCAACUCUCCGAGACCGGUCGAGGACGCACCACGGCCGCUCCCGCCAUCGCUCACCGGUGGUGCACGAGCAACGGACGAGAAUGACGAGGACACGGACCCGUUGGACGACCUGAUCGGGCCGGCACCACCGCCCAAGGUCCGCGGCCGAGGCACCGUGGGCGGCGCCGCUGAUCUCGACCGUCGCUUCGACGCUUCCUACGACCCAACCAUCGACGUCUCCCUGAGCGACGACGGCGGAGGAGACUAUGACGACGCUCUCGAGGCCUUUAGGGAUCAGCUGAAGAUGAAGCAGAAUCAGGAGAGGCGCUUGAGGGACGCCGGCUUUUCCGAGGACCAAAUCCGCAGAGCGCUGCCGAGCGACGAGAAGACGGAGAAGGAUGUCGUUUGGACCAAGGCGGGCGAGAAGCGAGCCUGGGACGUCGGAAAGGGUGCCGACGAGUUUGCCCAACUCGACGCCGACACCCAAGAGCAGCCGACGCUCUUUUCCGAAGCUUUCUGA